AUGCUUAAAUCAAAUAAACUAACUUCUGAGUCAGCUUUAACUACUAACAGACCAACUAGUCGUAUAGAUACUUCAUAAUUAAACAGAGGAUAUUCUUAAUACACCUAAAGAUAAAGUACAAACAAAAAAUUAUGGAUAAAAAUUAAUAAAGUCACUGAAGAUGUUACUGAUUCUAAACCUUAUAUUGCAAUUGAAAAGUAAAGAAAUACAAAUUCAUGUCAUAUAAGAGUAAAUUUAAUAGUAAUUUUAAUUAGUCAUCUUUAAGUAGGAAGACAAGUUCAGAUAUAAAAAAUUAAAUAGAUUAUAAUGAAAUUAAACAUUACAUUAAAGAAGUUGAUCAUAAUUAUGAGGAUGAACCAUUUUCCAAAAAGGAUAAUCAAAAAUUAAUAUUAUAAUAUUAAAAGGAAAAGAGACUCAAUCAUUUAAACUUAAUAUUAGCAACAUUUAGAGACAGGAUAAAAAGUAGAAAUAUAUCAAAUGAUAUAGAAUCUAAUAAUUAAUAAAGUAUUUAUAUAAUUUGA